UUUUUUUUAAAGAUAUUAAAAAUUCCAUAUUAAAAUCAAAUUAAUUAGAUAAAGAUGGACAACAACUUACUAAUUCUUGACAUUAUCGGACUGAAACAAGAAGGAACAAAAUAUAGAAAUUCUUCUCUAACCUGUCAGGUUACUAUGGGAGGGAAGAAAUUAUCGGAUUUAUCUCUUGCAAGAAAGGAUCAUCAACUAGCAAUUCCACUCAAAGAUGCUUCUGCUAGCAUCCAAUUCAACAUAUUUCCAAUGACAAAUCCUAAGAACAGAGUUGGAAGCAUCAGUAUCCCAGUCCAAUCCUUCCUCGAUUAUCACUCAACAGGAACCACAGAUCAAUGGUUCACCCUUUUUGACUAUCUGGAGGAUGAUACAUUUGAUGGACUGUUAGGUGAAAACGAUAGUGAAGCUCCAAUGAUUCAGCUAAGAUAUUUAGUAGGAUCUGGAACAAUAACAACUUCAAAGUACGAAACCAAGAAAGAAUCAUCUCCAGUAAAGAAGAGUUACACUACUUCUACUGUAAUAACUACUACAAAGACACUUAGUAAGUCCUCUACUAAGUCUUCUACUCAGGCUUCAACACCUGUAAUUACUUCUGAGACAUACACAGUUCAGACUCUAACUAAAGAUUUGAGAGAUAAUAUGAAUAACCUGAAAGGAGAUUUGAGGUCUGAACAGGCUGACACUCAUAAUUAUGAAGACUCAAGAGUAGAACAGUUAGCACAUCUUGAAAAUGUUCAUAAUGAACUCCAGGAAGAACAUAUUAAUGACCAAGUAAGAGGAAAGGAACUCAAGAGGCUUGACAAAGAGAUAUCCAGUGAAAUUAAUAUCACUAUGGCUGAUUCCGAGAACGAAAAGAGCUCUCUUCAAAGACAGAUCGAGUAUACUGAUGAGCUUAUCCAAGAAAAAGAACCAAUAUUAGCUGAAAAAGAGCAAAAGAAGCUAGAAUUAGAAGAAAUAGUUGCCCAAGAACCUGAUAUUAAUCAGAUGAAUCUCUCCCAAGCAGCUGAAAAUUUGAGAGCGGAGAAUGAGAAUUUGAAAAACAAAUUUGUUGAUUCUCUUGGUUUAGUGAAAAAUGAGAGAGAAGAAAAAGUAAAAGUAUUCAACGAACAUGCAGAUUUGGUCAACUCGUAUAAUGAAUUGGUUUUAAAAUACGGGAACUUGUUGAACAAGAUUGAGGGAGAAAGAAAUCAAGCAGAGAAUGAGAGAAAUAGCACUCAUGAUGAAAUAGAUAAGGAAGAGUCCAAUAAAGUAAACCUAGAGCAUUAUGUAAAAACAUCGACCAAAGCUUAUGAUGGAAACAAAAAUGUUACUGAUGCUUUAAGAGAAGAUUUGAAUGAACUUAAACAACAUUACUCUGAGUUUGAGCAACAAAUUUCUAGCUUUAUUGCAUCUCAAACUGAUGAAAUCUCCUCUCUUCAGCAUGAACUCAAACUUCAAGCCGACGGCAUUGCUUCUCUCCAGAGAGAACUGUCUUCAAGUGCCACUAAAAUCAUGGAACUGCACUCUGGAGUCGACGAACAAAAUGCAGCAAACCUAAAUGCAAAACUGAGUAGCCUGAUCACAACCUUGGUGACUGCAGACAAGUCAAGAAGACAGGCCCAGGGACUACUCGAAAAUGCUCAAGAAGGCUGGUCUAGCAAACUCAAACUGUUCGAAGAUGAAGCCAGCAGGAUGUCUCGUGAGAACGCUAACAAGAAGCAUGCUGCUGAAAUCGACAGACUUCUGACCAAACUUGACAAGCUCAACAGAGAGCGAAACCAAGUCGCCAACGCAAGAGACCGCAUCGAUGCGAGGCUUGCCACCGACAAAGUCAGAGAUGCCAUUGAUGAAGGGCUGCUCAAAGAGAAAGAGCAGCUGACUCUGAAACACAAGUGGGCUACAGACGAAAUGCAGAAGGCGCAGGAUGACCUUGAAGAACUGGUGAAACUACUAAGUUUCAAGAAAGAUCUCUUGGCCAACCAGCAAGAACAGCUCGAGCAGCUCCGGAUCGACAUAGAGCUCGUCCGAGUCAAAAUCACCGAGUGCAAUGGAACCAUUGCAGACCUAGAAGCGCAAAUCCAGGAACUCAACCUAAGAAUUGAAGAACUUUUGAGACUGAUCGCAGUCAGAGACUCAGAGAUCGAAGAACUCCAGAAGCAGCUCGACGACAGGAUGAAGAGGAUCCACGAGCUCGAGUCACAGCUCGACAUUGCGAGGACUUCAUACGUGGCCAUCAAGGGUGACCAAGUCGAUGAGAUGCUGGCGAAGUACAUCAAGAACUGUCCGGUGCCAGUCAAGAGGCUGGGUGGAGGCUUCUACUUGUUUGGCCUCAGAAAGAUCUACGCUAAGAUUCUGAACGGAAAGCUCGUGGUCGGAGUGGGCGGAGGAUACAUGGUAAUUGACAAGUUCAUUGAGACAUACUCAGAGCAGGAGUUACGAAAGCUGAGGAGAAUAGCUAAAAGAGAAGGAGUUAGUAGCAUAGAAGAGCUUAAUCUUGAAGCUAUUGCUUUAGGUCCUAAAUCUUCAACUGGUAGAUCUCCAACUGCUAAAUCACCAACUGGUAAAUCUCCUAAGGGAAAGACAACUACUUUCUCAUCCAAAUCUUCCAUCAACGGAACAGCAAGAUCUUCUAUGAGUAGCACUACAAAGAAAGUAACAAAAGGUGCUAAUGGAAUGACUACAACAACUAUGACUAGGACAUUCAGAUCUACUAAAAAUUAAAACACUUUUGCUGGCUAGAAGUAAUUCAAUUAUUUUUUUAUUA